AUGAAUAGUUCAACUCAGGCACGGCGACUGCCGAACGAACAUCUCAGUGAAGACACCCGCGCGAACAGCAUACGAAGAUCAGCCUCCCCAUCGCCAUCAGAUAGGACUCUGGCAGACAGGAGCCCUUCAUCUUAUCAUCCUCCAGUAUCAUCUUCUAAGAAGACAAGUACUAAUCCACCAAGAUCCCUAUCAAGCAAGGCAAACGACUAUUGGAUCUUAGAGAUAGCCUCAUGCUGCGGUAGCGCUGGUGCUUUGGUGGGAAUCAUUGUAUUCUUGAACGCAUAUAAUGGCAAGCCUUCUCCAGACUGGCCAUACGGCAUAACAGUAAACUCGAUACUGUCAUGGCUUGUGCAGAUCUUUACCGCACUUCUGUUGGAACCUGUCGCUGCUUGUCUCGGCCAAGCUCGCUGGAAUAACCUGAGCAGUACUGGCUGUCAUCUUUCAGAUAUCAGUCUAUACGAUUUUGCUAGUAGAGGCGCCUUUGGUUGCAUCUCAUUGAUCUGGCAUUCCAGAUUUAGGGCUUCGGCUUGCAUGGGUGCGCUUGUUACUAUACUGGCAAUAGGUACAGGUCCUUUUGUUCAGCAGAUGGUGACUGUCGAAAAUCGCAUUGCCUUUAGUGCUGAGCCUGCCACUGUACCCCGUUCUCUAGGAAUCAUUGGGUACCAGGAUAGAUCUCAGAUCCUUCCACAAGAGCUUCUUGCUGCAUUAUAUAGUGCCAUUCUUGGAGGCACGACAAAUGACAACGGUAACCUGACGCAAUUAUCGAUUGCUCCUGAUUGCCCGACCGGAGAAUGCGAAAUUAGUCCUUUCAGGUCGUUGGCUGCUUGUUCAACCUGCACUGAUUUAACAGACUCAAUCAGCACGAGCUGUAUUGAUGAUUGGUGCCAAGACAACCUCACCUUCUGCCAGCAUUCACUCCCUAGUGGUUUGACGCUCAACGUGAGUGAGUAUAAUGGCAUCACUGGAGACGUGGCAAGUGAGAUCUCCUCGCAUGUUGGAUACUUCGCUCCGCCGAUAAUUGCGAAUUUUACCUCAAUUUCUAUUGCGUCUGGAACCAACUUAACAAAUGCGACAGCUCACCAUUGUCUUGUGUACUGGUGUGUGAAAACAUAUACAGCGGGCAUGCAUAACAACAAACCAUGGGAGAAAUUGGUCGAUACCUGGCAACACCUUGAAAUGCCCCUAGGAUUUGGACCAAAUUUUACGUUCCAUGUCCCUUCACAAGGUAAUCUGACGAGCGCCAAGGUUUGGGUUGGCAUCCCCUUUAUAAAGGCAUGGAUGUACUCAAAACUAAAUAUAAGCCCCUCUCUAAGUUGUAACAAAGUUGAGACACCAUACGACGAGUUCAGAUACCCCAUGAUUCGCUAUGGUUCACCAGAAUUCUCUGAGAAACUCGCCUUUGGAAUCACAACGGGGGUGCGUCUCUAUAAUAACACCCCUGCAAAUGGCACGGCAUGGAAGAUGGAGACCCAAAUACAUGUCCGAUGGGCAUGGGCUACUCUCCCAGCUUUGCUGGUAGUUUCAACAACUGUAUUCCUUGGCAUGACUGCACUUCAGACAAAAAGUGGUGGGUUUGAUGUCUGGAAAUCGUCGCCUACGCCUCUGGUUUGUGCCACACUAGACCAGCGAGCCCGAGACUUGGUAUGUUCAACAGGAGGUCCUAUGGAAAUGGAGCAGUCGACUAGCCAGAUAAGGGUGAAAUUUCAAAAGGAAGGGUUUGAGGGUGGUGGUAGUUGGCAACUAGGAAUGAUGUGA